CCAAGCAGCCCCAGCCACUUGCGAACGAGGAGCUAUCCCACGCGCUCUCCAGCCUGGAACCGGGAAGCGCGGGGUCUCCCGGAGCCGCUCGGCUCCCCGCCCACCACCCGCAGUGCUGUCCUCAGCCCGUCCCAUCCACCCACAUCGCAGAACCACCGGCCUGAUGAGAAGGGGCAGCCCCGAGACCCCACAGCAGCCGGACUUGGCCUUUUCUGCUUUUGCUAAAAAGCCUUGCCUGGCCUGUGAGAGCUAUUUUAGAAGGGAGGCUGGGCUGGCCCCGGAGAAUGCUGAGUCUAAGGUGGUCUGUGCACCCCCCACCGCCUACAUUGACUUCGCCAGGCAGAAGCUAGAUCCCAAGAUUGCCGUGGCUGCCCAGAACUGCUACAAAGUGAUGAAUGGGGCUUUCACUGGGGAGAUCAGCCCCGGCAUGAUCAAAGACUGUGGAGCCACCUGGGUAGUCCUGGGGCACUCGGAGAGAAGACACGUCUUUGGGGAGUCAGAUGAGCUGAUUGGGCAGAAAGUGGCCCAUGCCCUGGCCGAGGGACUUGGAGUCAUCGCCUGCAUUGGGGAGAAGCUAGAUGAGAGGGAAGCUGGCAUCACAGAGAAGGUCGUUUUUGAACAAACCAAGGUCAUCGCAGAUAACGUGAAGGACUGGAGCAAGGUUGUUCUGGCCUAUGAGCCUGUGUGGGCCAUUGGUACAGGCAAGACUGCAACCCCCCAGCAGGCCCAGGAAGUACACGAAAAGCUCCGGGGAUGGCUUAAGUCCAAUGUCUCUGAUGCAGUGGCUCAGUGCACCCGCAUCAUUUAUGGAGGUUCUGUGACUGGGGCAAACUGCAAGGAGCUGGCAUGCCAGCCUGACGUGGAUGGCUUCCUCGUGGGUGGGGCAUCCCCCAAGCCUGAC